AUGGGCAGUAGUGCAGUUGUGACAGGUCUUGAAGAUAUAAUGGUUAAAGUAAAACCCAGGGACAGAGUGGAGUGUGGCUCCCAGAAAUUCCCAGCAGGAAUAAAGAUAAUUAAUCACCCUACCAUGCCCAACACCCAGGUGGUGAUCAUCCCUCCCGAUGCUGACAUCCAGAGUAUCAUUGAGGCUCUGACAGCCAAGGGGAGAGAAUGUGGCAGCAAUGGGCCCAACAAGUUCAUUCUUAUCAGCAGUGGGGGCAGCUCUCACCCUACAGGCUCAGCAGCAACUCAGCAGACACUCCAAUCAAAGGAUGAGAUGAGCACAGCAACAAAGGGGGCCAGAGCACCAGAUUGUCAGGGCGGAGAGAAGAACCUCGGACAAAACCCUGAUAAAACUGUGGAAAGGGCAGUACUGUGGCCUCCACAAGUCAAUUCCAUGGGAGGACAAGAACAGGAAGGAAACAGCAGUGGAGAGGCAACAAGCAGCGGGUUGGAUAACAGUCUGACUAACAUCCAAUGGCUAGGGAAGAUGAGCUCUGAUGGGCUGGGCUCCUGUACUGUGAAACAAGAGAUGGAGAAGGAGAACCAGACACCUGUGCAGGAGAGGAUCAAGACUGAAGAAGACUCCAUUCCUGCCACUGCUACCUCCUCCUCCUUGUGGCAGGACUCGAUAUCAGAACGGCCCCCCUACUCCUAUAUGGCCAUGAUCCAGUUUGCCAUCAACAGCACGGAGAAGAAGCGCAUGACCCUGAAGGAUAUCUAUACCUGGAUUGAGGACCAUUUUCCUUAUUUCAGAUAUGUGGCCAAGCCAGGCUGGAAGAACUCCAUUCGACACAAUCUAUCCCUUCACGAUAUGUUUGUCCGGGAGACGUCUGCUAAUGGUAAAAUCUCCUUCUGGACCAUCCACCCUGAUGCCAAUCGCUAUCUGACACUGGACCAAGUGUUCAAGCCGCUGGAUGCGGGGUCACCAACAUCGCCUGAGUACUCUGAAUCACAGCAAAAACGACACAUUCCAGAACUCCAGAAGAACACAGGGGGAAACAGCAGCAACAAAACUGAGCCGCAGAAUGCACGCCGAAAGAUGAAGCCUUUGCUUCCUCGCGUCAGCUCCUACCUGGUUCCAAUCCAGUUUCCUGUGAGCCAACCUCUCAUCCUGCAGUCCUCCCUGAAGGUGCCUCAGCCCAUGGCCCAGGGAGCCUCCCUCAGUGGCUCAGAGGCUCUCCGGAGCAGCAAGCGUGUACGCAUUGCUCCAAAGGUGUUGCCGUCCACUGAAGAGCCAUCCUCAUUCUUGCCCACAGGGCCUGUGAAGGAGAAGAGUCACUGUGAUGAAAGGCUGCCCCCAUUUGCCCCAAGCCAAUCUGUAAAGGAGAACAACUCCCAGCCUGGUGAAGCACUAGCCUCUUUCCCUGCAGCCCUGUGUAUAAAGGAGGAGAAGGAGGACUCCUAUCCUGACAAAUGGCUGCCCUCACUCCCCCCAGUCUUCUCUAUAAAGGAGGAACCAGUGCAGUCUGAUGAAGAGACAGGCCUGUUGCUCCCAGUACCAUGUGUGAAGCGAGAGAAACACUUUAAAAAAAAAAACUGUUUGACCCUUUUAAUCUUGGCUUAG